UAUAGAACUUUUCAAAUUCAUUAAUCUUUUAAAUUUUAUAUAGAAGACUAUAAAUCAACCUCAUUCUUAUCAUUCGUAUCAUACUCAAAACAUGUAUUCCAGGACUCGUAAACCAAUUGAAUCAUCAUUCAAUGGAAAUAUUCAAGAUGAAAACCUAGCUCCAUCUAAUAAUAAUACUACUACAGGUAACUUGAUUCCAAAUACAUCCUCCACUAUCACUUCUACUACUACCACGACUACUACUAUUCCUCCUAAUAAAGGAGGGAAACGUUAUACUAUGAAUGAAGUAUUCCAAGUAUGGUAUGAUAAUAAGGAAGAAAUCCUUAAUCCUAAAUUUGAAUUACCAGUACAACAUAAUGAAAAUUAUAAACUUAGUAAACCAACUCAAAUUUAUCAUUUGGAUUUACAACCAGAAGGGUCAACUGGGGUAGAACCAGAACCACAACCUGAGAAAGAACAAUUGCUGGUAGAUCAAAAAUCAUCAUUGGAUCAAUUUCAAGGUCAAGAUCAAGGUCAACUCACUAGUUCAUUGGAUCAAUUGGGAAUUAAUGAUUUAUCAUCAUCUGAAUCACCUGCUAUUGCAAAUCCUAUCGUACCAAAUUCAUUCGUGGAUAAUAAUACCUUAGGUAGUAAUAUAAUUCAAAAUGGUCCACCAGGAAUGAAUCAAGGUCCUCCUCCUCCUCCUCCUCAACAAAUACCACCUUCAUUGACUCCUCCACUUAUCACAUCUGAUAAAAUUGAAUGGUAUUAUAUUGAUCCUCAUGGUACGGAACAAGGUCCAUUCAAUGGUGAUUUGAUGCAAGAAUGGUUAAGUGGUGGUUAUUUACAUCUUGAUUUACAAAUCAGAAGAAAGGAAGAAACUACUUAUAGAACCGUUAAACAAUUAUGUGAUAGUGUUCAAAAUUAUGUUCAACCUUUUAAAGUACCACUUAUUGAUUUAAAUGCUCCACCACCACCUCCACCUCAACCAUCUUUGAUUCAACCUCCUUUCUCUCAUCUUCCAAAACAACAAUCUCAAUUCCAACAAUUCCUUUCUGGAAAUUCAAGAUUAAAUAAUCCUCAAUCUUCAUUAUUUGGAAAUGAUUUCAUUAAUAAUGAUCCAUUUGCAAAUCCUUUAUCUCAAUCAACAUUCCAAAAUCCAACCACCACCUCCAAUCAAUUUGGUAUUGAUACUCUUAAUCAACAUCAUCAUCUUCAUAAUCAUCAUCAAACUUUUGCUAAUCCAUUACAAUCAAUCUUACAACAACAAGUUCAACAACCAUCAUUAUCAAGAAAUAAUAGUGGUUGGGGUUCAACUGGAUUAGAUACUACUGGUGGAUUUGGUAAUAGUAAUCCAAGUACUCCAGUUUCAACCACUUUACCCCAAAUUAAUCAACCAACUCCAUUAUCUCCUUGGUUAAGUGGUAUUCCAUCACUGUCUAGAACCAAUUCUCCAUUCGUUCCUUCUUCAACUAAUAAUGUGGAAGUUGUUGAUGAUCAAAAGAAUCAUCGUGUUACUGAUGAUCAUGUUUUAAACGAAAUUCAUACUUCUGUCGUAACUGAUAUCCUAAAUGAUGAAGAUCAUCAUUUUGGAAAAGAAAAAGCUACUACUACUACUACAGCUGCUGCUGCUCCAGUUGUUUCAGAAAAGAAAGUUAAUGCUUCUGCUCCAGUGGUUGAAAAGUCAGUCAAAGGUGAUGAACCAAGAUAUGAAUUAAAAGGGGCUCCAAUUAAAAAGGAAUCUUCAGAAGGUGCUCCAACCAAAUCAGUAGUUAAGUCUGCCGUUGCUGCAUCUUCAACUACUGUUGAACCAACUCCAGCUCCAAAACAAGAAUUGGCUCCAUGGGCAGUUAAACCAGAACAAGCUAAACCAAGUUUAACCUUGAAGGAAAUUCAAAAUUUAGAAGCUGAAAGAUCAGAAAAGCAAAAGGCACAAUUAAGACUUGAACAACAACAGCAACAACAAGUUCAACAGGUUCAACAAUCAAAAGCUUGGGCUUCUAUUGAUGAACCAGUCAUUGUUGAAAAAGCCCCUGCUUUACCAAAGACUUCAAGUUGGGCUAGUAAUUCAGCCAUUAAUUCUCCAGUGGUUAGUAAGAAGACUUUAGCUGAUAUUCAAAGAGAAGAAGCUGAAGCUGCUGCUGCUGCUAAAUUAGCUGGUCGUAGUUCAGCUGCUACUAAGAAUUCAUUUGCUAAUGUGAUUGCUAAUCCAACUGCUGUUCCAAGGGAAGAUCUUGGAGCUUGGACUACUGUUGCUUCUAAAAGAGCUGCUGUUAAGAAACCGCAACCAGUUGCUCAAGUUAUUACUAAUUCUUCUGCUGCUUCCAAGACUAAUCCUCAAUUAUUACGUUCUGUUUCAGCCACUAAGACUGUAGUAUCAUCAGUUAAUGAUACUGCUUUAAGAGAAGAAUUUUUAAUUUGGGCCAGAUCACAAAUGACAAAUUUAUAUCCAACUGUUUCCAAGGAUGAUUUAUUAGAUAUUUUUGUUACUUUACCAGCCACCAGCUCUGAUUCAUCUCAAUUAAUUUCUGAAACCAUUUAUAGUUCAUCAGCCACAAUGGAUGGUAGAAGAUUUGCUCAAGAAUUUUUGAAGAGAAGACAAAGAGUUGAUCAACAAGUUUCAAAUCAAGAUGAAGAAGCUUGGUCUGCCUCUAUUAUUUCUUCAGCUAAUAAAGUAUCUACUGUUGAUGAAGAUGGUUGGAGUACUAGUGUUAAGUCUAAAAAGAAGAAUACUAAGAAAUUCUAAUCUAAUCCAAUCAUAUCUACAGUAAAAAAAUAUAGUAUAGUAUAUGUAUAUAUAGUAGUUAUGUAUGAACUUUGUAUAUAUCACAAGAACAUCAUACAAAACAAAAAGACGGCAAAAAAAAUAAUUGUAAAAAGAAAAAAGUGCAACUGAAAAUUUGACGAAUGGGAACAACAACAAAUAACAAUAACAACAGUUCAUCUUCUUUGUUUAUACUAAUCCAAUAAGAUAAAUUCCAAUAGUAGUACUCGUUCGUCAUGCCUUGCUUUUUCAUAAGUUUGUUUCAAUUAGUGAUUUUAAUUGUAUUCCUCGCCAUGGGUAUUGAAGUGUGGAGAGAA